AUGAUGCCAGCAGACCGGACUGAACGUCACAUUCCUGCAUUCCCUUUUUCCUCAGUGUGGGACGUCGGAGUUGCCACUGGAUAGCUAACCCUCUUUCCCCCUCGCUUUCUUUUAGAGAAACACACCCAUGACACGGCGGAUUUAAUCUCUGGAGGCGAUCCAAGGUUCGCCAGGAGUUCGCAUUUCACUUCGGGUCACUUUCCUUCCUCCCUCCCUCCCCUUCCUCCCCCUCCACCCAUCACUGCACCCGUUGCCAUGGAGAGCUCUUCGGUGGCGUCUGCGUCGUCCGAGGCUGGGAGCACACGCUCGCAGGAGAUAGAAGAGCUGGAGCGCUUUAUCGACAGCUAUGUGCUGGAGUAUCAAGUGCAAGGGCUUCUGGGAGACAAGGCAGAUGGAGACUUGGACUUGGACAGUAGCUGCAAGGUACCCCAGUGGACAGAUGACUGCAAUGAUAAGAAAGAUGGUUGCUGGACAUCAUCACAAGGACGAGGCACAUCUAAGCCAGAUGAAUGGGAACACAGCAGUAAUGGCAGCACAGGUUCCAGGCCCAGUUCAGGGUCCAGACCUGGAUCUGGCUCACGAUCUGGCAGCAGGGGGCACAACAACCAGUACAAAGGUUCUGCCAAGAAUGGCAACAGAGAGGGAUCCUUUGACAUCCUGGGGACAGACAUAUGGGCUGCUAACACAAUGGACUCACAUGGAGGUGCAGGCUGGGACGUGCAGCCAGAGAAGCUGGAUUUUAGCCAUUUUCACAUAAAACACUUCAGAGGAACGCCAAAGCAUCUGCCACACAUUGACAGAGAAGGGAUAAUCAAAAACAAGUUUGAAGAAGAUGAUGGUAUAGACAUGAACGACAUAGAAAGGUUCCUACCCCAUCUUCGCUCGGUCUUCCCACCCCUUCCUAACGAGGCUGAGAUUGCACACACCAAAAAGCUCUUCCGACGCAGGAGGAACGACCGACGAGCAUUUGAUCAGUUCACCCGAGACCAGUUAACCGUACUUCUGCCUACUGGCCCAGGGGGAAAGCGUCAAGUCUGCGCCAGGAAACAGCAGCGGCCUCACGGCGGCGGAGGUGGCGGAGGAGGGAAGAACCAGCCUCAGUCACCGCAGCAGCAGAGGGAUCAAAACCAGCAGCAGUCCCCAAACCAGCAACAGCAGAGUUCAGCAGAACAGGGAGAUAACAGAAACACUUGUGCCGGUCGACCCCCACGCCAAUAUCAAGGAGGACAUGGGCAGCGCCAAGGAGGGCCCUUACAUCACGGAUACAGCCAGAACCGGCGUUGGCACAACAAUCAGAAAGGUCAGGGGCAUGGACAGACAAACACUACCGGUGAUAAAGGAGUACCCCCAAGAACAACCAAAGACAAAGAGACUGAGAAUGUAAAACUGGGUGACGAGCACAUGAGACCUCUUCUAGAUUGCAGCAGCAAGAGUCUCAGUGAGUCACCCAAAUCUGACUCGACGGCAAACACGACCGCUUUCGCCGAUCUGACGGCUUACAAGGAAUUUCCCAACACACCGCAAAGUGGAAAGGCAAGCGAGGGCCAGUCGGAGCAGCCCAAAAUCUGCCUUCUGCAGUCGUCAAAGGAGAGGCUGAGGAGGAGACUAAAGGACAAGGAGGAAGCAUGCGUGCAGCAGUCGGGCCCCGGAUCACGGAAUAUGGACCGACUAGUGGCGCUUCUCAACAGCAUGAGGAGCAACAGCAGUGGAGUAGAGCAACAGCUGGCGUCCUUCAUGGAGGAGGCGCAGUCCUCAGCCCGUUCGGAGGAAACCCUCGCUCAGGUGGUCGGCGCGAUCUACUCCAAGGCCGUGUCGGACAGGAGCUUCGCGGCAACAGCUGCGAGGCUCUGCGACAAGAUGGCGCUGUUCAUGGUGGAGGGGACCAAGUUUAGAUCGCUGCUGCUCAACAUGCUGCAGAGGGAUUUUUCCUGUCGCGAGGAGCUCCAGCAGUCAGAUGUGGAGCGGUGGUUGGGUUUCAUCACCUUCUUGUGCGAAGUGUUUGGUACCAUGAGGAGCUCCGGCGAGCCGUUCAGGGUGCUGGUGUGUCCCAUCUACACUUGUCUACGAGAGCUGCUAGAGUCGACGGAUGUUAAGGAAGACGCAGUCCUCUGCUGCUCCAUGGAGCUGCAGAGCACAGGCCGACUGCUGGAAGAGCAGCUCCCCGAGAUGAUGACAGAGCUCUUAGCAGCUGUCAGAGACAAGAUGCUUUGUCCCGCCGAAUCUCCGCUAACUCGCUCUCUGCUCAUGGAGGUCAUCGAACUGCAUGCGCACCGUUGGAGCCCCCUGGAGGCUCUCACUACCCAGUACUACAACCGUACCAUCCAAAAGCUCACCACCACUGCCUAGGUGCCAGCUCCCACAGGAGAAGAGGAGAUGUGUCCUCCUCACCCCAACACAACAGAUGUUUUCUGGUUAUGCAUUGUAAUAAUCUCUGUUGCCUAAAGAAGUAAAUGUCGCUAUUGAGCUUAA